AAGGAGGACACAUGGAUGUUACAGCGUAUUCAUACAAAUUUUCCGCAAAAUGCCGUUCGUGUUCUCAAUCAGCCAAAUAUGUACGUAGCAUUGUGGUUACACAAAGAUAAGCCGGUUAUGGGACAAGCAUGGAACGACAGCGGCGUUGUGCAGGGGCGCGGCCAACCAAUGGGCUGUGCGCAGAUUACUGGGAUUUCAAAGGAAGAGAUAGCUAAUACAAAAGUAUGCAAUAAAUGCGCAUUUGCGGCAGAUCAUAAAGUCUAUAAAGGAAAGGAUAUCGAGGGUGGUACCAUACAGCUGCUCAUAUAUAAAGGAAACCAUGUAACAAAUAACUUUUUCUAUGAAUGGUUACCUUUGCCAAAAUGGAAAGUGGAACGAAAUGGAAAGCGAGAACAAGUUUUGUACGGGAUGGUGGCGCCCAUUUUCUGGAAGGAAAAAGCCGUACUCGGGAACUAUAGCAUUGCCGAACAUAAAGCAACAUUCGCAAUUGCAGACAAGUACCAUGAGGUGAAUGAUACGACGACGCUCAAUAAGAUGCUAGUACUCAUUCGAAACACCAAUGGUGGUGCAGCUGGUUGUUCAUGCGAGAAAUGUGCUGUAAGCAUCGGAGCUAAUGGCGAACAUGCUUCGAUAAAGACAUUAAUGGUGAACGAUUGGGGCGAUUUCUGUUGUGGAAAUCCGUGGCCCGCUGAUAAACCUAUAAUGAGAGCGCUGAACCGACCGAUGAAUACUCCACGUGGACCCCAAGAUCACUAUGUUGCACUUUGGUACCGACACGGAAAACCUCUAAUGGGUCGCGCAUGGAAUGACGGUGGAAAAAUUAACGCCUCGUUUGUCGAGUGCGUUUAUACUUUGUCGCCUGCGCUCUAA